AGUGCCACAACUUUACAUAGUGGCGGCCGAUACUAAGCUACAUUUAUUGGACCAACACAUGAAUUAUCAUAUUCACGCACUUGUACUAGUAGUAUUGUCUACUACUACCAAUUAGCAAACUAACUAUAAGUCUACCUCACUAUAUAAAACAGUCCAUUUCUGUAUAAAUUGCACUUUUUUCUGAACCAAAAAACUGACAAUAUUCUUCUUCCAUGGCUUCUUCUUCUAUCAAAUGCUUCAUACCAUACAUUUUUAUGCUCAUUUUAUGUCAUUUCAAUGUCAUUCAAGCUCGUAAUGAUCAAUUGUCAACUGAUUUUUAUUAUUAUACUUGCCCAAAAGUGUUUGAUAUUGUUCGUGAUACUGUUGUUGAAGCUAUUAAAAAUGAAACUCGGAAUGGUGCCUCCUUGCUUCGCCUUCAUUUUCAUGAUUGCUUCGUCAAUGGAUGUGAUGGAUCAGUAUUAUUAGACGAUAAUGCGACAUUUACGGGAGAAAAAACCUCAUUUCCUAAUAAAAAUUCUUUAAGAGCAUUUGAUGUAGUAGAUAUUAUCAAAGCUCGAUUGGAGAAGGCUUGCCCACUUGUAGUCUCUUGUGCUGAUAUACUUGCUAUUGCUGCUCGUGAUUCCGUUUAUCAUUUAGGAGGGCCCACAUGGGAAGUAAAACUGGGAAGAAGAGACUCACUAUCAGCAAAUAUAACAGCUGCCAAUAUUUUUAUCCCAGCACCUUCCUCUAAUAUCAGUGUUCUUAAAUCAAAUUUUCAUGAUGUUGGUCUUUCAUUUAAGGACUUGGUGGCUCUUUCUGGAGCACAUACAAUUGGCUAUGCAAGGUGCGCAACAUUUAGGCCAAGAAUUUAUAAUGACCACAAUAUUAGUCCCCCUUUUGUCGAAACACUAAAAAGUAAAUGCCCUCAAGUUGGAAACGACGACGUUUUGCAAGGACUAGACUUAAGAACUCCAUCACAUUUUGAUAAUUAUUAUUACAAGAAUUUAUUAACUAAAAAGGGUUUACUUCAUUCUGAUCAAGAGAUUUAUAAUAGCAACAAAGCUGAUCCAAUUGUAAGAAAAUUCUCAAGAGAUCUUUCUAAAUUUUAUAGGAGUUUUGAAAAAGCUAUGAUUAAAAUGGGUGAUAUUAGUCCUCUUCUUGGUACACAAGGUGAAAUUAGAGAAAAUUGUCGCAAAUCGCGAUGAUUAAUUACGUUAAUUAUUCAUUUACUUGUUUCCUUUUUAUCGUCAUUAUUUUGUUAUAUUCAGUUAAUCCCGCUCAUAAAGGUUAUAGUACAUGUCUGAGAAAAGUUGGAAGAUAGCAUACCAUAUUUUUAUCAGAAGAGAAGGAAGUUGCAGCCAUUGAAACCCAUGACUUAUAAAUCUGUUGUUUGUAUAUGAAAUUUAUUUAUAUCAUGAUAUUUUAGUUCUUUCAGAAAUUAUAAUACACACAAGCUAGUGUUUAGAUGUAUAGGAGCGUGAAUUGCUCCAUUUUAUUAAUGUACAUUUGAAAUUUAUUUAGGAAAAUAAUUGUAAUUUAUUCAUGACAUACUAUAUGACUUAUAUAAGUCCAAAUAAUUUUUCAUGUGA